CAGCGGCGCUUCUACGACCGCGGCUGCCUCUUCUCCCCCGAGGGCCGCAUCUACCAGGUCGAGUACGCGUCCAAGGCCGUGGAGCGCGGCUCCUUCGCCGUGGGCGUCCUGGGCCCCCGCGGCGUCGCCCUCGCGGCCGUGCGGAGCGCGGGCCUCCGUUCCACGCCGGAGCCGCUCCUGUCGCCGAAUUGGUGCGAGCGCGUGCACCGCGUCGACGAGCGGAUCUGGUGCGUGGCCUGCGGCGUCGUGCCCGACGCGACGACGCUCCUGCGGGCCCUGCGCGAGUUCGCCGCGGAGCACCGCAAGACCUGGGGCGAGGCGCCGCCCGUGGAGGUCGUCGCGAAGCAGCUGAGCCGCCACGCGCAAAAGCUCACGCAGCGCGCCGGCGGCCGGCCCUUCGGCGCGGCCUUCCUCCUCGCGGGCUUCGACGACGGCUCCGACGCGCCGCGGCUCUUCAAGACGGACCCGGGGGGGACC